AUGCCUCGGUCAUUUUUGGUCAAAAAUCGUCAAUCGACAUUGUUUCAAAAAUCCUCUGAAGAUCCGAUUGCUGCUCACGAAGAUACUAACAAAACCGAAGGUAUGAAAAGUAGUACAUGUUAGAUUUGAGCUCGCACUAAUAGUCCAUUAGGUCGCAACGAAGCCAUGAUUUAUGUAAGGUUUAGCCCAAUCUGUGCCUCAACGUAAACUGCAAGAAAUUACGAGUGUUUGCUAAGAAUUUUGUAGUUUAGUAGGUAUAGCCUUGGAAUAUUUUACUUAUAUAUAUGUAUAAUAUGCUCGUUGUAAUUUAAAGACAUCUAUCUAUAUAUUGCCAUUUUCAUUCCAUAUUGCUAAUCAAAAGUUACAACUCUUUAAAACUUCGAGCUAUAAGGCCGAAAACUUUUAAAUACAACGUAAAAACGUUAAAUAUUUGCCAUUAAGGCUAGCAGUUUAUAAUGCAUGGCAUUAAGCAAAAUAAUAUUUGUCUCAGAGCUAAGGUGCGAUUUGAGAUUUAAAAAAACUUAAUUCCAUGCCCCAUUAAAAACGUAUUUUAAAUCGCGAUAGCACUUUCUAAACUAUCGGUAAAAUGCAGGGCUUGUCUUCUACUAAUGUAAGACUCUUUGCCCUUGGGAAACUUUAGAUAAUAUAGUAAACGGCAUGAUUACUUGAAAGUAUUUUUCGUGUUGCUAUGUGAAUAUGAGUUGCAGCAAAAAGUAGUAUUGCACUUCUCAUCUGCGUAUAGGGCUGCAUGUUGCACGGAGCCAAAUGGUAAAAGCGUAGCACGAUAUAAACACUGACUUAUAAUGGGUAGACUGAAAUUUUAUCCAGCAAAUACGAGGUCAGGAUAUUGUCUAAAUUAUUCCAUUGACAAAGUCGAAGAUGAAAUGUCUUAGCAUAGUUCUGAAUUAUGUAUAUUUUAGGAAUCUUGAACAGGAAUCUUGUGUUAUGUUACUCACACAAAAACCCUUCUUUGCUACUUCUAAACUAUAAUGUAUGAUGCUUUCAGUUAUAUACUGUUCUUCCUAUAUAGAAUCGACAGGCGACAGUUCUAGUAAGAGCAUUGAUUAUUCGCUGCUAGCUAGUUUACCACACGAGGGAACCUAUCUAUAUAUCAUAGCAAACUAAUUUUAUAUACUGCACAUCUAGUCUAUCUUCUAAGCUGUCAGUCUUCCAAGACAAAGAGGUUCAUUGAGAGCCACUUUUCUUUAAUGGUUCAGUGUUACUUAGGAAACCAAACUUAACAAAUUUAUUAGUUUAUUAUAACCGGAUAGCUGUGACAAUUCCACACCCUAAACUAACUUUCUAUAUACAGAAACCUAAUAAAAGCCAUCAUAUAGUGGAUAGAUAAAUCAGGAAACCACAGUUCUCCAAAAAAGCCUUCGAUAUUUGUUACAGUCAAAUUGCAGGGGAGUAAUGCAUAUUACAGGAUUUGAACUCGAGUUAUAGAGAUGAAUACGAAAUCAGUUAUAUACGAAGAACAUUGAUACUAGCAAACAGCAUUAAAGAAUUAGACUAAUUCGACCUUAAAUUUGAAAUCAGAGAGUCUGAAAGCAGUAUAUUUCUAUAGCAAAAAUCUUUGCGACAUAUCAUUUAUAAAUUCAAUUAUCAAUAUGGUCGUUCGGCAUGCUUUAAAAGUGGUCAUUUUCUUAAAUUAACAUAAAAACCCCUUAAAUACGCUUGGAGUGGGCGGCCCUACGUCUGUUAAACACGAAAUGUGUUUUGGAGGGGUUUUUUAAAUAAAAAGGUUUGCCAUAGCAAAAUAUAGGCGAAUCUCUUGGACCCUUUGGUAUUAUUUUGUUGAGCAAAUCGGCCAGAUUUUGUAGCAAAUCUGGCAUAGAAAAUCCAAAAUCUUCUUCAAAAUUUGCGUUUUUUGAUUUCGUGACAAAGUUGCAUAUGUAAUUAGCAUCGCGAGCGAAAUACGCAUGCGCUUGCCUCAAGCUGGUUACAUCUGGUCAAAAGGCGAAACAUCGAAUGAAUAGAAUUUGCUCUUUUACUCGUAAAUUAUGUGGGAAAACUGUUACAAGGAAUUCUAAAACCAUCGAAAAUAAACUCGCUUUUACUGUAAAUUUUAUUUUAUUUCAUUUCUGUAGUUUGUCAAUUCGGAGUAAAUCUCGAAAAAACAAAGAGUGUCAGUGAAUAAUUUGAUCAAUCUCGCAAAAUCUUAACUCGGAUUUUUGAGCGUUGCUUUUAUUAUGUGAAGAGAGUUUUAUCAAACUCGAUUGUUAUCCCAGACCAAUCUAAUUUUAAGACAAUCUAAUUUUAACAAAGCAUUAUGUUUUAUAUAGUCAAUGUGGUACUAUAGACCUUUAUAAAUGCGAAAAUUUAAUCUGCGCGUUACACCAAUAUUGAUCAAGGAACAAUUUUAGGAAACGUAUGCUUCGUAUAUAAUCUGGCCCUGGAUCGGAAUAGACCGGUUAUAUUUCGUUAUAUGUUGUUGUUCACUUGGUAAUAUGCCGGAGAAACUGUUCUCGCGUGCAAGCAGAAAUUUUUGGCUGGGUUUUGAACUCGCGACCUUCGAGUUACCAGAUCGAUGCUCUACCAACUGAGCUACACGCAGUCAGGACGGAUGGAAGACUGGAAAUGAUGAACUAUAUACUGAAUGUCAUAAAAAAAUACUCGUUUAUAUUAAUUCAGCAUCGAACAAUACUAGUUCUGCAAGUGUUACGUGUUACAAUGGAUUCGAUUAUGAGCAUGUUCGUCGUUACAAGGCAUGAAUGAUUUGAUGCAGCCUUUGUCUUUGAACAGACACCUUAAGUUCCGAAGCUUACUGCAGCUAGACAAGAGAAGAGGGACGCGUAUAGUAACCACGCGGGUCUGGGGCGGUGUUAUUCCCUUCCUCUCCCCAAUAUUUGUUCAUGAGUAAAUAAUUUCUAAGUGACUUUAGCAGAUUUUCAGGUAAAUUAUAAGAGACAAACGUGGAAGUUAAAAGAGAUAUGACAUGCGAACGAAGAAUGCGAAAUUUUAGUAGCAUUUGCUCGAAUUUCCAUGGUCUCUAUAAAGUUGGGGGGGGGGAGUUUUCCCACUAUAUCAGACGACUAUAUAAAGCCGCGGUCAAAACGAAGAUGCGAGCGUUGAUGCAUGAGUUAAUUGGCAGUCACGCAUUGAUACUGGACAAAUUUUGAUAAGUAGCAUGGUAUUCGGAUCGAUUAGUGAUUAAAAUGUACCCGAAGGCCGAAAGCCGAGAGAGGUUUAGCAAAAGGUUUACUAGUCGUCCCUCCUGUUUUAUAGCAAUGAAGUAAAUUAGUCAAUCGCAUCUCGCGGGACAAAGGAUUUCGUGGUAACCGUGAUAGGCUAUCACAAGCUCAUAAUUGGUCAACAAAAUAAAUGUUUGAUGAAUGUUUUCAACUUCAAUGGAAUACGUGAUGGGAGAGCUGAGCAAGGCCACGUGACUGCCAAUUCUCACGCACUUUCAUUCAACUUUGAUCCGCGCUUACAAUCGUAGUCCUGUGCACCGCAUGCAUCAAUGAGCAGCCAUGAUUAUAAUCCAAUUAUAACAGCAGGGUAAAAAUACUCGCGGGUGCCUCUGGAUUUCAGUGAAAAACCUAACCACUAUCUCCCGUUGCUCAAGUUUGUGUAGACGGAUAAUCCAGCUUUAGUAUAAAUGGAUUAUCAUUGUUGAUCAUUGUUCACCUAUGUCAAGCAUACAACUUAAAACUGAUCAAAAAAAUUCACAAGAGCACUGUAAUUAACUCGUCUAGCAGCAUAAUUUACCUUCAGUCUGACCUAUCUCAAUUAAUCUUUUAAUAAGUGACAGGCGUCGAUAUGAAAUGCCAACGGCGUUUAUAAUAUCAGUUAUUAUAUAAACCUUUAUAUAGUUUUAUUGUCAAUUAUUAAGUUCUGAGACAUUGUACUGAACGCACGUGUGAUAGGAAACAGUACACUAUAGUUUGGCGAGACAAAGACACAUUGAUCGGAGUAUAAAGGUUCCUUCAGGUGGCUAUCCUAACUUUGAAAAACUUAGACAGGAGAAAAUUUAUCGCAUAGUAUAAAAGACAUGACACGUGUGUCACGUUUGCAUUUGAACAGUAAAACGUGCAUAAUUCAACUUUAUAUAUAUGCAGCCUCUCAAAACUGUUCUAAAUUGUGACAUUCCUUGCCGUUCCAAUUCGGUUCAAUGCUAUUGUAGCAGGAAACCUAUAUAUCUUUAUACAUAAUUAUGCUGGGCAUAACUGGUUGAGACCAUGCCUUUCCUUCUGUACAAACGUAUUCCAUGUUGAACAAUGUUCAUUCUUAAGCCCCCACUCCCUCAACUCAAUGUUGAGCUUGUAUCAUGAUAAAUUUACCAAAAGUUGUUUCGGCGCUGGGAGAGGGGUGACGAAGUUUGUUUUGUCAAUAUGCAUUAACUUUGCAUUAUUUACUGUCACGGUUUCAAGGGCUCUAUGUCCAAGAUUGUAGCUCUAAAGGCAGAACAGUUUAGAACUGAUAGAGUUAGCCAGUAUAAAUGAAGUUAUAGUUAUAUAAGUUUAGGUUUCUUCCUGUAGCAACACUGGAUCAAUAAGAGAUGAUCCUUAUUGGACCUCUAGGAAGAACAGUUUAGAACUGAUAGAGCUGUCCAGUAUAAAUAAAGUUAGUUUAGUUUAGGUUUCCUCCUGUAGUAGCAUGACUGGAUCAAUAGAGAUGGUCCUUACUGGACCUCUAGGAAGAACAGUUUAGAACUGAUAGAGCUAUCCAGUAUAAAUUAAGUUAGUUUAGUUUAGGUUUCCUCCUGUAGCAACACUGGAUCAAUAAGAGAUGAUCCUUACUGGACCUCUAGGAAGAACAGUUUAGAACUGAUAGAACUAUCCAGUAAUAAAGUUAGUUUAGUUUAGGUUUCCUCCUGUAGCAACACUGGAUCAAUAAGAGAUGAUCCUUACUGGACCACUAGGAAGAACAGUUUAGAACUGAUAGAACUAUCCAGUAAUGAUCCUUACUGGACCACUAGGAAGAACAGUUUAGAACUGAUAGAGUUAUCCAGUAUAAAUGAAGUCAGUUAAGUAUAGGUUUCUUCCUGUAUAGUAACGCCGGCACUGGAGCACAAAAGGAUGACCUUUACUGCAUCGGCCUGUAUGCAGAACAGUCUAUUAUAUAAUUAGUUUUUGAUAAAGCUAUUCAUCGUAAAUAAAGUAUAUCUAGUCUAUUAGGUUGCCUCCUGUAGGAACACUGGAUAAAAAAUUGAUCUUUAUAAUUGCAAUGAUAGAGCUGCCCAGUAUAAAUAAAGUUUGUUAUAUGCUGUUUGUUAUGUGCUGCAUGGGGUAGCCAGGAUGAAUCGUGUCACGAAAUUCUUUUCCUGACCAUAAAAUAUCGUUUGAAUGAACUUUAUAUUGUUACUGGAAUCAAACUAAACUAAUUCAACUUUGGAAAAUCAUUUUGGCUGUUUAUCAAAGCCGUGUUGAGAGGUUUAUUAAACAAAUCAUCCCGGUCAGAUCGGGCCAGCCUGACCCCUUAGACUUAGUUUAGGUCUCCUUCUGCAUGUAGUAAUACUGAACCUCUAAAUUCAAUACAUUUUGAUCGUUUCUGGACCUCAGAGAAGAACUGAUAGAACUGAUCAGAAAACUUUACCGUUUCAGAAAAUGAAACAGUAAGCAGUGAACAGCGAACAGAAAACCUCAACAAGAGACCUUUUGAUAUCGAAAAUUUAAUUCAACCCCAUGACAAAGAAAUACCUACAGAAAUAAAGCAAGAGCACCCAUGUGAAAACGUUCAUGUGAAUCAAGUAAACAUACCUGCAACCCAGCCUGCUAUCUGUUAUCACAAUGGUAAAUAUUUGUGUAUUUUGUAUGCUUGACUAGUCAGGAUCGUAACCAGGUUUUUCGUUUUACCGAGUCGAGUGUUGAAGCCUCGAAAAUCCUCUAUAGAAACUGAAAAUCCGCUACCCCUGAAAAUAUUUUCAUUUUCUGAUCAGCUUACAAUUACAAACGCUAUUUCCUGCAUCCUGAGAGAAGUUUCAAGGAAACUAUACAGUCGACUUAACUUUUUUUGAAUUCGAAGUCAUCCUGUUUUAAAAUUUUCCCACGAAAAUCUAACCGUUAAGAACCGUUGAGACUUGUAGCUAUAUACGUCGUUUGGCUCAUAGCUAAUCCGAGCUUUAGUUUAGGUUUGCUCUUGUAGUGAUACUGGACCUUUUAGUAAGGUCCUUUUAGUAAGGUACUAAGGACCUUUUAGCGAGAACCUUUUGGACUUCGGAAGGAUUAGAGUCGAUGUAUCAAUAAACAUUAUUUAAGAUCUGAUUCAAAAUUUUCGUUGAAUGCAAUAUAAUAUUUUUCCAGGAUUUAUUCCGUACCCCAGACCUUGCAGAAACUUUCACAAACCACCCUACAUUGGCCCGCAUUAUCCUAACACUCUACCAAUUUACACACCAAUGUACCCUCGCUUCCCCAUGAUCCUAUGUCCCCCUUCAGACUUGGUCCUUCAGCGCCCGCCUUUUGGAAACAGAUGGCAUCACGGGCAGGGUGCGUUCGCAGCAUCUAACAUGACGUUUCGAGAUGGUUUGACCAAUGACAGUUCUGGAGAAGAUGGAAGGAAAUCUGGCGAAACUAAAGAAAAAGGAAGUGACGAAGUGGAAACAUAUGGAUGUGUCAAGUGUAAAAAGGUUUUUGGUACGCCGCAUGGGCUAGAGGUCCAUGUACGAAGAUCACACUCGGGGAAAAGACCCUACGAAUGUGAUUUAUGCGAAAAAUCAUUCGGGCACUCUGUUAGCUUGGAACAGCAUAAAGCCAUCCACACAAAUGAGAAGGUUUUCGAAUGUAAACAAUGCAAUAAAACGUUCAAGCGUUCAUCGACGCUUUCCACCCAUAUGCUCAUACAUUCGGAUACGCGCCCGUUUCCCUGCGAAUAUUGUGGCAAGCGGUUUCAUCAAAAAAGUGACAUGAAAAAACAUACGUACAUUCACACCGGUGAGAAACCUCACGUUUGCCAAGAAUGUGGCAAGGCGUUCAGUCAAUCGUCAAAUCUCAUCACUCACAGCAGAAAACAUACUGGACACAAACCGUUCGUCUGUACGAUAUGUUCCAGAGCUUUUUAUAGGAAAGUUGAUUUACGAAGGCACGCUGUGACCCAUGGUCUUUUUAUGUAG